CAUUAGAAAGUGUAUUUUUUCAUUUGAGGCCAGAUCUGGACGUAGGAAAGCUCUUAAAUUGCUACAAUCAUGAAACAAUUACGGUAAAAGUGACUGAAAAGUACCCUUGGCCUUUUUUCUGUACCCUCCUUCUCACUUUUCUCCUAGAUAGUGGAAUGCUGUAAUGGAAUGGAGGUUCUCUUCAAAAUUACAGACAAAUGCGGGGAAUGUUUUUAAGGGAGUAAAUGGAGAAGAAGUCGCAAUCCCUGGAAAACAAAAGUAGAAGCACGAAGACCAUCUUAUCGGAAUCGGAGUUGGACGACGAGCCCUUCACAGAAGAAGACCUCCAAGCCAUUGAAGCCGCAUUCGAAGCUGCCACUUCUUCCUCUCUCCCCAAAAAGCGACGGUCCAGCCCAGACGACGACUCCGACGGCGACGACAAAACCCAACAACACCACUGUAGGAUUGCCCGCCGCCGCCUGCCCAGUUCAGUUCUCGCUCUCCAUCCAAACGCAUUCUCUCUCUCCCCUUGCCGUCAAGCCAAUAUAAGGAUGAGAUAUCCUGUGAUGAAGUUUGGAGGUCAGAUUACAUAUAGCAGGACUGCAGUUCAAGUAGAGAAAGCUGCCAUGGAGGUUCUAAAUAUUAUUGAAGCAAAGGAAAAAGAAGCGGGCCAAACUGCAGUUGGAUUUGACAUUGAGUGGAGACCCACAUUCCAAAGAGGUGUUCCACCUAGGAAGGCUGCGGUUAUGCAGAUAUGUGUAGACACAAGUUGUUGUCACGUGAUGCAUAUUGUUCAUUCUGGGAUUCCUCAAAGUCUGCAGUUACUUCUCGAAGAUGCAUCAAUUUUGAAGGUUGGACUUGGCAUUGCCGGUGAUUCUGUUAAGGUUUUUAAAGACUAUAAUGUCUCUACUAAAGCUGUUGAAGAUCUUAAAUAUCUAGCUAAACGAAAGCUUGGUGGAGGUCUGCAGAACUGGGGUCUUGCAUCUCUUACUGAGAAGCUAAUAUGCAAACAGCUUUUGAAACCCAACAAAAUUAGAUUGGGAAACUGGGAGGCCAAGUUUUUAUCAAAGGAGCAGUUGGAGUAUGCUGCUAUUGAUGCAUUCACAUCAUGGCAUCUGUAUGAGGUGUUAAAGAGCCUCCCUGAUGCUGAAAAAGUUACACCUGACAAUCAGAGUGAGGAACUGCAAGCUGUAUCAUCGUAACGAAGUUCAGAGAGAGAACCCACAAGCUGUACAUUGUAAUGAAUUUCUCUUGUAACAUCAGGAUUAAAUUAUAAAAGAAAGCAUAAUCAUAUUUUACCCCCUUGUUUAUCAUCCUGUUAGCCUCUGCAGCGCUGCCCUUGAUAUUAUCAGGAAUAGAGGGGUUCAUCAUGCUGAGAUGUUGUCCAGAUGCAGAAGACCAUGUCGGUUUCAUGUAUGGGGUUCAGGUUUAUGCCAUCUUCUUAAAUAAUUUUUCAGAAAUACGUUAUUGUGUUGUUCUUUUUCCAAUUAAAUUCUGAGAUGAGCAGUAUUGACUCAUUGUAUUGAAGCAAUUUUAAAAUUCCCUGUGUGUGGACUCUUGUUGUAUUAUAGAUUUGGGCUUCAAGGCAACUUUAGACCUUUAAUAGAAUGGGACUUCAAAUUA